CGCAGCACGCACUGCCCGCGAAGCUUUCGAGUCGACCGCACGUCUACAGAGCAAGUCUACAGUGAGUGCUGUGCGCCAUGCUGAUCACGGACGUGUUCUGUUACGCGCUUUUGACGAUAACUGUAACGGCGUCAUGUGCAGCUGCAGACAAACUCCAGAGCAAAAAACAUGAACUAGACGAGAGAAAUAGUGACAAACGUAUGCGAAGACAAGAACCUACGACGAUCAUCGACAGCUUCCCCUUGGAAACCGUCUACCAGAAACCCAAGGUUAUCAACUACAGACGACUGUCCAGGAUAUCUAGACAACGGUACGGACCUCCAGUAUCGAAAUAUGGACCACCGCGGCCUAAAUAUGGACCCCCAAAACCUGGCAAGAAGUACAGAGGGAAACCUGGCAAGUAUAGACCAUCAACGCUGAGGCGCACUCCGAAACCCAAGUCUAGAUAUGGUCCCCCCAAACGUGCGAUCAAACCAACAUACGGCCCACCGAGGAAACCACCCCAUUACUCGUAUUACCCACCAGAACCAGUGGGUUUUGGAGAACCACCAUCUAAUUACGCGGGCGAGUUUCAACCAAAGCCAAAUUAUGGCGAGCCGCCUGUUGACUCUUACGGAGCGCCGGUCAAAUCAAAUCUUAAUGAUUUAUACCCCGCCGUUCAUAACUACGAUGCGCCAGUCUACGAGGAUUUCAGCAAUUUCGGGCAGUACCAAUCGUGGAGCGCACACCGCAACCAUAACACCGAUUCCUCAUACGCAUCUUCUAAAAAGGUGCCAAUGUUUGCAAAACCACAAGAAUUGUUUGUCACCCCUGUACCAGAAGAUAAUGAAGAAAGCCUCACAUCCUACUCCGAAAUAUACGAUCACAGACAGAAAGAGCAUAAGACAUCAAAGAACAAAAAGAGAAACCCGCAGACAGAGAGUACAAAAGUCACUAGUUGGAAAGCGAAGCAAAAACCUGAGACAAAGGCCGAAGAUGAAGACGAGAUAAUAGUUGGGGGGCAGUAUGCGGAACCCCCAGCCAGGUACGUCGCGAAUUUCCAGCCCAGUGCCCCCAUGUACCAGGACGAUGAUUUUUCUCCAGGUAUUAAAUACGAUUCCGACGGAUCCGCAUCAGCUACUGUAUCGGCUUACGUAAACUACAAAAACAGCAACAUGGCUUUCAGUCCACAAAACUUAAACGAUGCAUUUAGUAUAGUCGAUAAGUGAACUUAUAUAAAUGUUUAUUAGGUUUAACAAUUUUGGGACGUAAUUUGAUUGCAAUUUCCGAUCGUUCAGAUUUCACAUCCUUUACUUUUAUUUAACACGGAUGUGAUAUUUGCAAUGAUCAUAAAAAUCCCAAAUAUGCUAAUUUAUUCAUUAUUUAACUUAUUUAUUAUAUUUUUAGUUCUCGUUGUCAAUGUUUUUGUUGGAGAUCUCAUUUACUUCAAUAGAUUUUGCGAAGAAAAUGCAUUGUUUUUUUUAUUUAGGUAUUACAAAUAAUUAAGUCACAGAUUGCAAUUCCACAUAAAUAGUUAUGAAAUUUGUAGUAAGUUUAACUCUCCGCAAAGUCUAUUGAAAAAUAUUCUACUUCUCUUUGCAAUCUUAUUAUCCACCGUUAUACAUUAAAGUUGGGUAAGACUGGUAAAAUUUAUGUUAUUUAUAGUCAUAUUAAAUUAUUGUAACCGUU